GGAACUUGGAAGGCUCUCCAACAUCUUCGUAACUUGAACACAUCUACAACAACAGCACCACCACCUCCACCCUGCAUCUUCACCUCCUCAAGGCGACUCUUCUAGGGUAGCUUCAUCGUUUGUGCCGUCGGGAAGACGUGGUUUCUUCCAAGAUGGCCUCAGGUUACGAUCGUGCACUUUCUGUCUUUAGUCCCGAUGGCCACGUUUUCCAGGUCGAGUAUGCCCUCGAAGCGGUCAAACGAGGAACUUGCGCAGUGGGAGUAAAAGGGAAAGACAUUGUGGUCCUGGGAUGCGAAAAGAAAUCAGCAAUGAAGCUUCAAGAUACGAGAAUCACACCAUCAAAGAUCGGCUUGAUUGAUCGCCACGUUUGUUUGGCCUUCGCUGGUCUUAACGCGGACGCUCGGAUAUUGGUCGACAAGGCAAGGGUGGAGGCGCAGUCACAUCGUCUCACCGUGGAGGACCCUGUCACGAUUGAAUACAUCACAAAAUAUGUUGCUGGUGUGCAGCAGCGAUACACGCAAAGUGGUGGUGUGAGGCCUUUCGGGAUCAGUACUCUCAUCAUUGGAUUCGACAAGGGCGACCCAGAGCCCAAGCUGUAUCAAACCGAGCCCUCCGGCAUUUACUCCGCAUGGAAAGCAAAUGCGAUCGGCAGGUCUAGCAAGACAGUCCGAGAAUUCCUAGAGCGCAACCACAAAGACGACAUGGAUCGGGAAGCUACCAUCUCGCUCACCGUGAAGUCACUCUUGGAGGUCGUCCAGACUGGAGCCAAGAACAUAGAAAUUGCCAUCAUGGCGCCUGGAAAGACGAUCGAGAUGCUUCCUUCUGAGGAAAUUGAGCAAUAUGUCAAAACAAUCGAGGCCGAGAAGCAGGAAGAACAGGCAAAGAAAAAGCCGGGUCGACCUGGUGCCUCGGGUACGGCGUCAUUACCAACACGGCCGCUCGCUGAGGGAGAAGGUAGUGCUGGUAUCUGAGCUUUACAGGUUUCUCUACAUUCGUGCUUUCUGCAUUAGCGACCGGAGUUCUGGCGAUGAAGAAUCAAUACCGGUUUCCCAUGCUUUUGAGCUUGCCGACUUUUGUAAAUGAUUAGAUAUCGUCUAUCACUAACUCCAAGCCCAUCAUCCUGUCGUUAUUUCAUUGACCCCAAUGAAUCAGAAUCCAUUUGGUCGUAGGGCGGCGAGGCAGAACCCGCAGUGUGUGAUACCAGGCUCAGCCUAGCCGCCCCGUCCAGUCAUGUAUGUCAAAUAUUGACUUUUCUGCCUG